AUGCCAAACUUUCGUACCGGAACCUACGGUAGGUACUGCCAGUGUCGCCCGGCCUCGUAUCUCUCGCGUCGACUGACCAGCACUCCAGGCGACUUGCUGCUGCGCCAUCGACGUCGCUGCCAAUUUCCCAAGAAAUCGACGCGUCGCAAAGCCUGCAAUGCCUGCGUCCAAGCGAAAGCCAAGUGCACCUAUACCCGGCCAUGCGCUCGGUGUGUAAAGCGGGGAGUUCCCUGCGCCUAUGCGUCCCAGCCUUCUGACGUGCCGCCAGGUCUGGACCUGGACCUGGACCUGAACAUAGACCAGUUUCAUGAAGACGUUCAGCCCACUCGGUCCCCUGGCAACGGCCCUUUAUCUCCGUUUCACCUGUCGCCGCCGCCGUUGGCAACCCCUGGCUUCAUCGAUGCCGUCCAACCUCCCGCCGUGGAGCCCUCAACGCAAGGGGUGCCUGGCUCGGCAGAUGAAGCGAUGAAUUCGUCGCUGCUCUUGUGGAAUCUCCCCGAGAUGAGCCUACCAGGCUCUGAGGAGAGCGGGCCUGUCGUGCAGCUUACCCUGCAAGAUCUUCUGCGCGUGUUGGACCAAUAUCCCAACUCGCUACUGAGCGAUAGUUUUACCUCUCCACUCCUGCAUUACAGCCUCUACGAUGCGGACGUGCCGGACAUGACGACGCUGGCGCGGUCAUCGAUGGCGAUCUGCUGCGGCAGCGCGAUGCUGACGCCGGACGGUGCACGCUUUGCCCGGCAGGCAAUGGAGGUGGAGCGCCAGCGACUCAUCGAGUCCUACUCGCAGUACACGUGCAUGCAGCAGUGGGAUGCUCUACAUGCGAUGCUCGUGUAUAGCAUCCUCGAGAUGCGGCCGUCACCAGGCAGCCAGAGUAAGAACGAAUGGAAGCAAAAGUCGUGCUCCAGAGGGCUGAAAGCACCCUUUCUGGCCAAGAUGGCCCAAACUUUUAUCCGCUCGCAUCUGAAAGAUCUGAGCCCCAAUUUGAUGCCGUUCUCGCAUACACUGACCCCGAAAUUCGAGCAUUGGGCUGUUGCAGAGACCACCCGACGCACGAUCUUUUUGGCUAACAUCAUACACUACCUCAGCAACCAUCAUCCAGAGAGUGGGUUGCCUUCGUUAUAUUAUGAGCCGUUAAAUGACGAAUUUAUUUUGAAUAUGCCACUUCCAUGCAGUCAUGCUUUGUGGGCUGCGCGUACCGAGCAGGAGUGGAAGGUGACAAUGGAGUAUUGUGACAACAACUCUUCCUCUCUCGUCGAGGAUUUUCCAUCCGUCUUCUAUCUCAAUCCCGGGUGUCUAACCCUCAAAAUUCUGAUGGUAAACUACUCUAAGGUCUACUUAGAAACGUUUCUUAUGCGAAACAUCGGGUUUGGAGGCUCAGACGAGCUUCGAAGCUUUAUAAUCCUAUGUGCGCUACGACAGUUCGCCUAA